AUGAAGGAAAACAUACAGGAUGAUAUACCAGCUGGGAGGAAGGAAAACAUACAGGACGAUAUACCAGCUGGGAGGGAGGAAAACAUACAGGAUGAUAUACCAGCUGGGAGGAAGGAAAACAUACAGGAUGAUAUACCAGCUGGGAGGAAGGAAAACAUACAGGACGAUAAACAAGCUGGGAGGAAGGAAAACAUACAGGACGAUAAACAAGCUGGGAGGAAGGAAAACAUACAGGACAAUAAACAAGCUGGGAGGGAGGAAAACAUACAGGAUGAUAUACCAGCUGGGAGGAAGGAAAACAUACAGGAUGAUAUACCAGCUGGGAGGAAGGAAAACAUACAGGAUGAUAUACCAGCUGGGAGGGAGGAAAACAUACAGGAUGAUAUACCAGCUGGGAGGAAGGAAAACAUACAGGAUGAUAUAUCAGCUGGGAGGAAGGAAAACAUACAGGAUUAUAUACCAGCUGGGAGGGAGGAAAACAUACAGGACGAUAAACAAGCUGGGAGGAAGGAAAACAUACAGGAUGAUAUACCAGCUGGGAGGAAGGAAAACAUACAGGAUGAUAUACCAGCUGGGAGGAAGGAAAGCAUACAGGAUGAUAUACCAGCUAGGAUGAAGGAAAACAUACAGGAUGAUAUACCAGCUGGGAGGAAGGAAAAUACUAGUCCUUCAAUACUGAGGCUGGGACAUGCUGAGGUUAUAAGGACAUUCUCCCCUAGUCCUUCAAUACUGAGGCUAGGACAUGCUGAGGUUAAGGACAUUCUCCCCUAG